UGACUUACACAAGUCAGCUCAUUCAGUUUUGUAAUUUGUUGAAGUGAUUUUACUCGCCGGAUAUAUUUUUUACAAAUGACUAAGAUAAAUAUUCGUUGUUACAGGUUGGACCCUGCUUCCUAGAAAAAUCAAUAAAUAUUUUUAACAUCUCUUAACAAAACGCUACAGAAAUUAUGUCUUCAGGUAGCUGGAAUAAUAGCCGCGGUAGCGGUGGUUCCAAAUAUGGCGGCGGCGGUGGUGGUGGAGGCGGAUAUGGCGGUGGCGGUGGAUCUAGAUUCGGAGGUGGCGGCGGCGGUGGCAGCAGGUUCGGCGGCGGCGGCGGAGGUGGUUUUGGAGGCAAGAAAGACUUCACCGGAGGCCAGAACAUGAGGCGCCCCAACUGGGAUUCAGUGUCCCUGCAGCCAUUCAACAAGAACUUCUACAACCCUCACCCCUCAGUACUUAGCCGUUCUCCUUAUGAAGUAGAACAAUUCCGAAACCAACAUGAAAUUACUAUUAGCGGAGUUGAUAUCCCUCCUCCAAUCCAACAGUUUGAAGAGGGCAACUUCCCUGAUUAUGUUAUGUCCAGUAUCAAAAGCCAAGGAUACAAAGAACCAACACCUAUUCAAGCACAAGGCUGGCCUAUUGCCAUGUCUGGAUUGAACUUAGUUGGUAUUGCCCAAACUGGAUCUGGAAAAACUUUAGCAUACAUUCUGCCUGCUAUUGUUCACAUCAACAACCAACAGCCUAUUAGGCGUGGAGAUGGCCCCAUCGCUCUUGUUCUAGCACCAACCCGAGAGUUGGCCCAACAGAUCCAACAGGUUGCCACUGACUUUGGCAAUGCUUCAUACGUCAGAAACACAUGCAUAUUUGGUGGUGCUCCUAAGAGGGAACAAGCUCGUGAUCUUGAGAGGGGUGUUGAAAUUGUCAUUGCCACUCCUGGCAGACUCAUUGAUUUCUUGGAAAAGGGAACAACCAACCUUCAGCGUUGCACAUACCUGGUGCUCGAUGAAGCUGAUAGAAUGCUUGACAUGGGAUUUGAACCCCAGAUCAGGAAAAUCAUUGAGCAAAUUCGUCCUGACAGACAGACUGUCAUGUGGUCAGCUACAUGGCCCAAAGAAGUAAAGAAACUAGCUGAAGAUUACCUUGGUGACUAUGUACAAAUUAAUGUUGGAUCCAUGCAACUGUCUGCUAACCACAACAUCCUUCAAAUAAUUGAUGUUUGUCAAGAACAUGAAAAAGAGAACAAGUUGAAUGUACUAUUACAAGAAAUAGGUCAGAGCCAAGAACCUGGUGCCAAAACCAUCAUCUUUGUGGAGACCAAACGGAAAGUGGAGAAUAUCACUAGAAAUAUCAGACGGUAUGGAUGGCCAGCUGUGUGCAUGCACGGAGACAAGACCCAACAGGAAAGAGACCAAGUCUUACAUCAAUUCAAACAGGGCCGUGCCAGUAUCCUAGUUGCCACAGAUGUGGCUGCUCGAGGACUUGAUGUUGACGGUAUUAAAUAUGUCAUAAACUUUGACUACCCUAACUCUUCUGAGGACUACAUUCACCGAAUUGGUAGAACUGGGCGAUCAAAAACUACAGGGACCUCGUAUGCUUUCUUCACUCCCUCCAACUCCCGCCAAGCUAAAGACCUCGUCUCAGUGCUGCAGGAAGCUAACCAAACGGUGAACCCUCAGCUCCAAACAAUGGCGGAGCGUUGCGGAGGAGGCGGCGGCGGCUGGAACAGGAACCGGUACGGCGGAGGCGGCGGCCGUGGUGGAGGCGGCGGCUCCUUCAAACGCGGAUCCAACUUCGGCAGAAGUAACGGACAUGGCGGCGGAAACCACAAAAAAUUCAAUGACUAUUAACUUUAUGAAAGUAUCUCUAUUUAAUUGUAUUUUAGAAUAAUUGCAGCGAAUCCUCAUAGGAAUACUGAAUGUGGGUGUUAUGUAAUAACGAUUAUGUAAUUCUGUUUGUUUGCCUGGUACAAGUGUGUUGAGUAUAGUUUUAAUUUUAAUUUAUUCUUAAAACGCACUUAACAUCUUAAGUUGUUUUAAAAUAUUUUUUGCACUGUGAUAAUUUGUAAGCUGUGAUUUCUAGUGAGGAUUAGCUCUUGGUGUUCUUUUUCAUUGACCAGUAAAACUUCUUCUAUUAUGUAUGUGAAGUGUCUACCGUUGUGGUACAUUCUUAUACUUUGACAAUGUGGUUUCCAAAACUGUCUUGUAGUAGCAUAACGCAGGAUAUAAGAUAAAUAAAUUAAUGUACGUCUAAAUAUAAAA